AUGGCCGCGCCGGAUGGACCAGCGGACUUCCGACUGGAGUACAUCGGGGGCUUCGUGCAGAAGUCGUUGAAACUGAAGCCGGAAAAAUGGGGCAGGCUGCUGCUCACCGAGGAGUACCGGAACGCUGUGAUGGACUUUUUAGAUAAUCCGCUGCCGCCGGCGCUUUUCGUUGUUCUGACGCCCAACGCGCAGCUGGUCGCGUCCUCUUCGUUCCCUAUACCUUGUCAAAGGACCAAAGGUAUUUAUGCAGUAAAAAUCAAGCAAGCACCCCUGCCGAAGGAAAAAGAGGCUUGCUCCUCGAUGUUGAUCGUCGGCGAUUUAUCCUCUCGUGUCGUGGAUCAACUGGCUACUCUAGUGGAUAAUGUAUUCGCUCCUCUGUUAAGAAAACCGGAGAACCACAAAGAUUUGCCUGACGUCGCGGUUCAAGACAUCUGUAGGCACGUUCACGCUCUCCGGGGAACUUUGUACCAAGUGAAGGGGCAGGUGAACGGUAGAACUGUACUCCCGAUGCCAGCUGGAAUGGAGAAGGUAACGGAAGUGGAGAAGCUGGUCCGAGCGGAGGGGCCUCAGGCAGCCGAUCUGUACUUGAAGAGCGCUAUCGAGGGUGUCGUGAUAAAGUGGGCGUAUUUGGUGAAUGACGUUGUCACUCAGGAAUCGGGCGCAGCUUUCGAGAACGGACAGAAUCCCACACCAGACGUCGAGCUCGAGUAUUGGUCUGCUAGAUUAGCGAAUUUGAGAUACAUUUACGAUCAGCUGCAAGAAGAUCGCGUAAAGAAGAUGGCUAGUAUACUCGAGAAAACGGACAGCGCUUACUUCCCUUGUUUCCGGAAUCUGUUCGAUAACGUGGUGUCCUCGAUGGCAGAAGCUAAAGAGAUCUCGUUGUACCUGUCGCCCUUGGCGAAAUCCUUCAAGGCAGUCGAGGAAGUCGAUUUCUCCGAGGCUAAGCCGUUAAUGGCCACGCUGAUACACUCGGUCGGAUUAGCCUGGUCGAAGUCCACCUACUAUCAGAGCUCGUCCAAGGUGAUCAUCAUGCUCCGACAGAUUUGCAACCUGUUGAUACAGGAGGCCCGCCGCUUCCUCGACCCGUCCUCCAUCUUUCAGAGCGACGUGGACGAGGCGUUGCAGCGCGUCCAGAUAUCGAGAGGAGUCCUCGACGAGUUUAAGCAGCAAUUCGAGCUGAGGAAGGACAUGCCCGCGAUGAAGCCUCACGCUCCGCCAUGGACCUUCAAUUCCAGCGCGGUUUUCACGCGAUUAGACGCGUUCCUCAAGAGACUCGCGGAUAUCGAGUGGCUGUUCAAUACUGUGAUGGAGUUCUCCAAGCUGGAGAAGAUCGAGAUCGGCGGUAUACUCGGUCGAUCUCUCAGCAGUAGAAUAAUCAACGUGUACAAAGAGUUUCAGCAGCUUUUCGUGUCCUUUACUGUCAGAGCUAACGACGCGUUAGAGCCCGACGACGAAUCUUUCACUAUCGACUGCCAAAAAUUCAACGAUGCGAUCACUGAUCUGGACAGCAAACUGGCUGCUAUACUUUGUCAAGCUUUCGAUGACUGUGGGAAUUUGGAGAGCGUUUUUAAGUUGAUAAAUAUCGCCGGCUCGGUGCUCGACAGGCCGGUGAUAAGCAAGCAAUUCACGGAUCGUUACACCAGGAUCCUGGACCUGCUGAACGUCGAGCUGACGGUGGUCGAAGUGCUGUUUAAUCGCGGCACCAGAGGUGCGCUAAUUGAUCUUCCGCCGUUGGCGGCGUCGCUGACGUUCACCAGCAUGCUGCGGCAACGCAUCGACCUGCCGGUUCAAUCUUUCAAAGCCAUUCAACACCCUAUGGUGAAUAGCGAAGAAGGGAAGUGCAUAGAAAUCCGGUACCAGAGGCUGGUCAACAUUUUCAGCGAGAAGGAGAACGAACUUUUCACGGAAUGGGCGAGAACUGUGCCGGAAAUCGUCGAAGCUGGCUUGAAUCGCAACAUUCUGGCUCGCGAGAAAGAUUCGACGUUGCUGUUGAACUUUGAUCAGGAAUUGCUGGCUGUCCUGAAAGAAGUGAAUUAUCUGAAACAGAUGUCGAGAUCAGAUAUCCCCGAUGAAGCUAUAAAGGUGUCGGAGAACGUGGAGACGUUCCGGAAGUUCCGCACCCUGUUGGGAGCGACCGUGGACUCGUACAACAAUGUCAGCAAGACGACCACGCAGGUCGAGUUCCAUCUGAUCGAGAAAGAGAUAACGAGGAUCGAUUCCCUGGUGUCCCGCGGGGAGAACGGAUUAUGCUGGAAGUCCGACGGCGUGCUGGAAUACAUCGUGGAGCUCGGCGAGCUGGUGGACGGUCUCUGGAGGCGAAUCAAAUCCGCCCAGACGAACGUCGGAAAGAUCAAAGCGAUACUGGAGCCGUGGACCAGGACCCCGCUCAUCGAGAGGAAGGACCGCCGCAAGGAUGCUUUAUUAUCGUUCGACGAGAGGCCGGAGAAGGUAUCGAAACGCUACGCGGAGAUCAAGAAAGCGGCUGAACAGAUUCAUUCACUGGUCGGGGAGAACAGGCUGCUUUUUCAAGUCUCCGACGAAAUCGAGGAGCCCUGGUCGAGAUACGUCGAGUAUGUCGACGGCAUUGUCAUCGAAUCCCUUCGGAGAGCCCUCGGUUGCUCGUUAGGUUACCUAGUGGAAAACAUGGAUUCAGCGGGGCAAAGCGAGCCACUAUUGGAGGCGAAACUAGAACUAAGGGAGCCUGACCUUUAUUACGUUCCCUCGUUAGAACCGGACGAUCCGGACGGUCUGGAUCAAUUGAUCCUCCAUCUACUGAACGAUAUCAUUGGAAUGGCUGCUUUGUUGCCGAGGCUGAAAGGCGGCACCGCGGGAUACGCGGAGGAGUUAGAGGAGGACGCGGACAUCAAGGGGAUGAAGAACGAGAUCCUGAACAACGUGACGACCGCCGUGGAGGAGGCCACCGAGUUCUGUAGCAAUUUCGAAGGGUACGCCUAUCUCUGGUUGGACGACAGGGACAUGGUGAUGCAACAGUUUCUCGAGUAUAGCCGACAAUUGACGAUAGAGGAAAUGGAGAUGGUGGCCAUACAGGAUCCCAAGGGGCCGGCGCGGUCGCCGCCGAAAAUGGAGCAAUUCCGCGAGCAAAUCGACCUUUACGAGGGCCUCUAUCUCGAGAUCGAGGAAAUGGAAGCGUCGAAAGUGUUUUGCGGCUGGUUCAGGGUAGACCUGAGACCCUUUAGGCAGUCGGUCCUGAACAUGGUCUGCAAAUGGUCGAGCAUGUUCAAGAGACAUCUGGUCGAACGCGUAACCAGCAGCCUCUCGGAUUUGGGGUCGUUUAUAAGGAGAGCGGACGAAGGUUUGCUCCAGCCAAUCCAGCCGGGCGACUACGUCGGCCUAGUCAGCGUAAUGGGCUAUCUGCUGCGAGUGAAGGAGAGACAGCCGACCACGGACGAGAUGUUCCAGCCGUUGGAGGAGACGAUCGAGCUGCUCAAGUUUUACGACCAGGACAUCCCGGAGGAGGUGAACGUACUCCUUCAAGAGCUGCCGGAACAGUGGGCCAACACGAAGAAACUGGCGCUCAUGGUGAAGCAGCAAGUGGCUCCGUUGCAGGCUGGCGAAGUGUCCAGGAUCAGAGGACGAAUCUCCGCGUUCGACACAACGAUAACGCACUACCGUGAAGCAUUCCGACGUUACACUUUCUUCAAAUACGAAUGUCCGAACCCUUACGAGCUAUUAGACGAGGGUCACAGAGAGAUACUAAUGUUAGAGAGACAGAUGAAAGACAUCCAAGAAUCUGCGUCUCUUUUCGAGGUUCUCGUGCCAGAGUUCAAGGUACUAAGGCAAUGUAGAAGGGAAUUGAGGAUGCUGAAGCAGCUUUGGGAUUACGUGAACAUUGUCAGAAGCAGCAUAGAGGGCUGGAAGACGACACCGUGGCGGAAGAUCGAUGUGGAGAACAUGGACAUCGAGUGCAAGAAGUUUGCCAAGGAGAUUAGGGCUUUAGAUAAGGAGAUGAGGUUGUGGGACACUUACGUGUCGCUGGAAGCGACAGUAAAAAACAUGCUGACGUCUCUGAGGGCGGUCGCAGAGCUACAAAACCCUGCUAUACGGGAGAGACACUGGAGACAGUUGAUGAACAGCACUAAGAAGCUGGGCGACAUGACUCCAGAAAUGACCGUGCGAUUCGUAAUGGACGAAUCGACGACUCUGGCGGAUUUACUGGAGCUGAACCUUCACGAUUGCGAGGAAGAAGUAAAGAACAUCGUGGACAAGGCUGUAAAGGAGAUGUCCAUGGAAAGAUACAUGAGGGAAUUGAACACUACGUGGUCGAAAAUGGAAUUUGACAAGGAAGUACACGCGAGAACUGGCGCUACUUUGAUCAGAGCUAGCGAAGAGCUAAUUGAGACCCUUGAAGAAAAUCAGGUGCAAUUGCAAAAUCUCAUCACUUCAAAAUUCAUUGCUCACUUUCUGGGCGAAGUGUCGAGCUGGCAAAAGAAGCUAAGUAUCGCGGAUCAAGUAACCACGAUUUGGUUCGAGGUCCAAAGAACCUGGAUGCACCUCGAAAGUAUUUUUACGUCCUCGGAGGACAUACGGAAACAACUGCCAGUGGAUGCAGAAAGAUUCGAUCGGAUAGACAAAGAAUUCAAAUUCAUGACUGAAGAAAUGGCGAAGACACCUAACGUGAUAGAGGCUACCAACAAGGAAGGCCUUGUAUCCGCCUUAGACGUUCUACAGAAGGAACUGGUUCUCUGCGAAAAGGCACUAGCUGAGUAUUUAGAGACGAAACGUCUAGCAUUCCCUAGAUUCUAUUUCGUUUCGUCUAGCGAUCUGCUGGAUAUACUAUCCAAUGGAAACCAACCAGAAGUGGUAGCUAAACAUUUGACGAAGCUGUUCGAUUCCAUGGCUAGAUUGAAGUUUGACGACGACGUUGAUAAAGCUCCUAGAAAAGUGCUAGGGAUGUUCGCGAAAGAUGGAGAAUACGUAGAAUUCGCAAAUUGCGAGAUGACCUGCGAGGGAGCAGUGGAGGCAUGGCUGAACGGUCUUCAGAGAGCCAUGAGGGUGACUAUACGGUACUACUUCAGCGAGGCGGUGAUUUCUUACGAGGAGAAGCCACGUGAGCAGUGGCUGUUCGACUAUCCCGCCCAGGUGUCUCUGUGCGGCACGCAAAUUUGGUGGACCAGUGAGGUGAACAUCGCGUUCUCCAGACUGGAGGAGGGCUACGACAACUCGCUGAAGGAUUAUCUGAAGAAACAAAUCUCCCAGUUGAGCAUUCUGAUCACGCUGCUGAUAGGCGAGCUUACGAAGCAGGAGAGGCAGAAGGUGAUGACGAUCUGCACGAUCGACGUGCACUCGAGGGACGUCGUGGCGAAGCUGGUGCAAUCCAAGGUGGAGACGUCGCAGGCCUUCCAAUGGCAAAGUCAACUGCGCCACCGGUGGGACGAGAAGGAGAGGGAUUGCUUCGCUAAUAUUUGCGACGCGCAAUUCAAAUAUUCGCACGAGUACCUGGGAAACACUCCCAGGUUGGUCAUAACACCACUCACGGACAGAUGCUACAUUACCUUAACCCAAUCGCUGCACUUGAUCAUGGGCGGCGGUCCAGCUGGCCCAGCAGGCACCGGGAAAACCGAAACGACCAAGGAUCUAGGCCGAGCGCUGGGUAUAAUGGUCUACGUGUUCAACUGUUCUGAGCAAAUGGACUACAAGUCCUGCGGCAACAUAUACAAAGGCUUGGCACAAACAGGAGCAUGGGGAUGUUUCGACGAGUUCAACCGAAUCACCGUCGAAGUACUUUCAGUGGUCGCUGUUCAGGUGAAAUCGAUUCAGGACGCUAUCAGGGACAAAAAGGAAAAAUUCAAUUUCAUGGGAGAGAUGAUCGGUUUAGAGCCUACUGUUGGUAUCUUCAUUACCAUGAAUCCAGGUUACGCGGGACGCACGGAGCUGCCAGAGAACCUGAAGGCUCUCUUCAGGCCCUGCGCCAUGGUCGUUCCUGAUUUCGAAUUAAUUUGCGAGAUCAUGUUGGUAGCAGAAGGCUUCCAAGACGCUAGGAUCCUAGCCAGAAAAUUCAUUACGCUGUACACCUUGUGUAAGGAGCUACUAUCGAAGCAGGAUCAUUACGAUUGGGGUCUGCGAGCGAUCAAGUCCGUUCUUGUGGUCGCUGGGAGUCUAAAGAGAGGAGAUCCCGGUAGACCCGAGGAGCAAGUGCUCAUGAGAGCUCUGAGGGACUUCAACAUCCCAAAAGUCAUCUCUGACGAUCUGCCAGUUUUCAUGGGUCUGAUAGCAGACUUAUUUCCAGCGUUGGAUGUCCCUAGGAAAAGAGACGCUGAGUUCGAGAAGAUGGUGAAGCAAGCAGCAGCUGAUCUACAACUUCAACCAGAGGAUGGCUUCAUCCUCAAAGUCGUGCAACUGGAGGAAUUACUCGAAGUUAGACACUCGGUGUUCAUCGUUGGAAUUGCUGGUUCUGGAAAGACUCAGGUCUGGAAGACUCUAUUCAGAACCUAUCAGAACAUGAAGAGGAAGCCAGUGUACAAUGAUCUGAAUCCUAAAGCUGUGACUAAUGAUGAACUAUUUGGGAUAAUCAAUCCAGCGACCAGGGAGUGGAAGGAUGGAUUAUUUUCAGUAAUCAUGAGGGAACAGGCAAAUCUGGGUGGCGAGAACCCAAAGUGGAUAGUUUUGGAUGGCGACAUUGAUCCCAUGUGGAUCGAAUCGUUGAAUACUGUAAUGGACGAUAAUAAAGUUUUAACCCUGGCUAGCAAUGAGAGGAUAGCUUUGACACCCGUUAUGAGACUUCUCUUCGAGAUCUCGAAUUUGAGGACAGCUACGCCGGCUACAGUGUCUCGAGCAGGUAUUCUUUACAUUAAUCCUCAAGAUCUAGGCUGGAACCCUUACGUCACUAGCUGGGUGGAGAAGAGAACGUCGCCAAUUGAGAAGUCGAAUUUAGUAAUGCUGUUUGAUAAGUAUAUUCCUCCUUGCUUGGAAACUCUAAGGACUAGAUUCAAGAAGAUCACUCCUAUCGCUGAUAUGGCACACGUAGAAAUGCUCUGUCACCUGCUCCACUGUCUUCUAAAGCCAGAAUUAACAGGCACUGACUUCUUGAAGGAGCACUACGAGCUCUACUUUGUAUUCGCUGCUGUCUGGGCCUUCGGAUCAUCCAUGUUUCAGGACCAAACGAUUGACUACCGAGUGGAGUUUAGUAAAUGGUGGGUCAACGAAUUCAAGCAGAUCAGAUUCCCUCAGCAAGGUACUGUGUUUGACUAUUAUAUCGACACUGAGACGAAGAGUUUCGUCCCGUGGGCCCAACGCUUGCCUAAAUUCGAAUUGGAUCCUGAAAUGCCUCUGCAGGCUGUCCUAGUUUACACAGCUGAGUCUAUUAGGAUCAAGUACUUUCUGGAUUUAUUAAUGGCCGAGAAGCAACCUGUAAUGUUAGUGGGCACUGCUGGCUGUGGGAAGACAGUGCUGGUUGCUGAGAAGCUUCUACAUUUGCCUGAGAAUUACGCGGUGUCCAAUGUUCCCUUUAAUUUCUAUACCAGUUCGGAAAUGCUGCAGAAGAUCCUAGAGAAAUCGCUGGAGAAAAAAGCUGGCAGAAACUAUGGGCCACCUGGGAAUAAGACUUUGGUGUACUUUAUCGAUGACAUGAACAUGCCUGAAGUUGACGCUUACGGAACGGUUCAACCUCACACUUUGAUCCGACAGCACUUGGACUAUGGACACUGGUACGACAGAACGAAGCUGACGCUGAAGGAUAUUCAUAAUUGUCAGUACGUUAGCUGUAUGAACCCUACAGCCGGUUCUUUCACAAUCAAUCCAAGACUUCAGAGACAUUUUUCCGUAUUCGCUGUCAGUUUCCCUAAUACUGAUUCUUUGACUACGAUCUACGCCUCCAUUUUAUCACAGCAUUUGUUGAACCUCGAACACAGGUUUCCUCAUGUUGUUACCGAAUUGUGUAACAAUAUAGUGCAAGCCUCGAUCCAGCUGCAUCAUCGAUGCGCUCAGAUGUUUCUCCCGACAGCAGUGAAGUUUCACUACAUCUUUAAUCUUCGAGAUCUGUCGAACUGCUUCCAAGGACUGUUAUUCAGCGGCAAUGAGUGCCUGCAGUCUUCUAUGGACUUGAUCAGACUCUGGGUUCACGAGACGCAUCGUGUUUAUGGGGACAAGUUGACGGAUGAAAAAGAUAUCGAAAGUUUCUCGAAGUUGCAGAUGGACAUUUUAAAGAAGAACGUGGAGGAAGUUGAUGAAGGUGCUGUGUUGGAAAAACCAAACAUCUACUGUCAUUUUGCAGGUGGUGUUGGAGAACCCAAAUACAUGCCAGUAAGAGACUGGUCAACGCUGCACAGGUUGCUAUCAGAGGCAAUGGUCAGCUACAAUGAUCUGGUGGCCGCUAUGAACUUGGUGCUCUUCGAGGACGCUAUGAUGCACGUGUGUAGGAUAAACAGAAUCCUCGAGUCGCCUAGAGGCAGUGCUCUAUUGGUUGGCGUUGGAGGUUCUGGCAAGCAGAGCUUAUCGCGAUUGGCCGCCUUCAUAAGCUCGUUGGAGGUCUUCCAAAUUCAGCUGAAGAAGGGUUAUGGCAUCGCGGAUCUGAAGCUUGAACUGGCUGUUCUAUACAACAAGGCAGGCUUGAAGAACUUGGGUCUCGUCUUUCUGAUGACUGACGCCCAGGUGGCGAACGAACACUUCCUCGUGCUGAUCAAUGAUAUGCUCGCUUCUGGCGAGGUGCCUGAUCUCUUUGCAGAAGACGAAGUCGAAAAUAUCAUAGCAGGCGUCCGUAACGAGGUGAAAGGUGCCGGGAUGUUGGAUACCCGCGAGAACUGCUGGAAGUUCUUCAUCGACCGGGUGCGCAGGCAGCUCCGAAUAGUUCUCUGUUUCUCCCCAGUGGGGUCCACUUUAAGGGUUCGUUCGAGGAAAUUCCCAGCUAUAAUAAAUUGCACGGCGAUAAACUGGUUUCACGAAUGGCCACAAGAAGCUUUGAUGUCUGUAUCGAAGAGGUUCUUGCAGGAGUUGGACGAACUUCCCGAGAGUUAUAGGGACUCCGCGACAAAGUUUAUGGCCCACGCCCACACCAGCGUGAACGCUGCCAGUCGUCAUUAUUUAGCCAGCGAGCGUCGUUACAAUUACACCACCCCUAAAUCCUUUCUGGAGCAGAUCAGCUUGUACACUCGUCUGUUGAAGACGAAGUCCAGCGAGCUUCGUGCUCGAGUUGCCAGGUUGGAGAACGGUUUAGAGAAGCUUCGAUCGACUGCUGUUCAGGUGGACAAGCUGAAGGAGAAACUUGCGGUUCAGGAGGUGGAGCUGCAGCAGAAAAACGAUGCUGCGGACGCGUUGAUAGCGAUCGUGGGCAUUGAGACGGAGAAAGUUCAAAAAGAGAAAGCUAUAGCCGACGAAGAGGAGUCGAAAGUCGCUAUAAUCGCGGAGGAAGUGUCGAAGAAGCAAAAAGACUGCGAGGCAGACCUGAUGAAAGCGGAACCGGCUUUGCUGGCAGCGCAAGAGGCUCUAAACACGUUGAACAAAGCGAAUCUGACCGAGUUGAAGUCUUUUGGUUCACCGCCCGGCGCUGUGACCAAUGUGACCGCAGCCGUAAUGGUGCUACUAGCUCCAGCCGGUAAAGUGCCCAAGGAUCGAAGCUGGAAGGCUGCCAAGAUCGUAAUGGCGAAAGUCGACACUUUCCUCGACUCUUUGAUCAAUUACGACAAGGAGAACAUUCAUCCCGAGGUGAUCAAAGCGAUUCAACCAUACCUGAAGGACUCGGAGUUUGAACCAGAAUUCGUCAGAUCUAAGUCAGCCGCAGCGGCUGGCCUUUGCGCUUGGGUGAUUAACAUUAUCAAGUUCUACGAGGUGUUUUGCGACGUGGAGCCUAAACGGAAGGCACUGGCGCAGGCGAACGCUGAACUAGCGGCUGCUCAAGAUAAGCUUGGCGGGAUCAAACGAAAAGUUGCUUCCCUAGAGGAGCAAUUAGCGAAGCUAACAGCGGACUUCGAGCAGGCAACUUCCGAAAAGUUGAAGUGCCAGCAAGAGGCGGACGCUACCAAUGCAACUAUCGCGCUCGCUAACAGGCUCGUCGGCGGUCUGGCGUCGGAGAACGUGCGUUGGGCAGACUCGGUAGCAAAUUUCAUGCAACAAGCUUCGACGCUGCCUGGCGACGUGCUACUGGUAACAGCCUUCAUAUCGUACGUCGGCUGCUUUACGAAACAGUUCCGGCUGGAUUUACAGCAGAAGCAAUGGCUGCCGUUCCUGCGAGCCAUUGAGCCUGCGGUUCCCAUUACGGAGGGAUUGGACCCUUUGUCUUUGUUGACGGACGACACGCAAAUAGCCAAAUGGAACAAUGAAGGAUUGCCGAAUGAUAGAAUGUCCACGGAGAACGCCACCAUUCUGACUAAUUCGGAUCGUUGGCCCUUGAUGAUUGAUCCCCAGCUCCAGGGCAUUAAAUGGAUCAAGCAGAAGUACGGAGAAGAACUUAGGGUUAUUAGGCUGGGCCAAAAGGGUUGCCUGGAUGUCAUCGAGCAGUCCCUGGCAAACGGGUCGACCGUUCUCGUUGAGAACAUCGGCGAGACCGUGGAUCCCGUGUUGGAUCCUUUGCUAGGCAGGAACUUGAUUAAGAAGGGUCGCGCGAUUAAGAUCGGCGACAAGGAGGUCGAGUACAAUCCGCUGUUCAGAUUAUUAUUACACACGAAGCUGGCUAAUCCGCAUUACAAGCCCGAGAUGCAGGCUCAAACUACUUUGAUUAAUUUCACGGUAACGAGGGACGGGCUCGAGGAUCAAUUGCUGGCUGAGGUAGUCAAGGCCGAGCGACCGGACCUCGAAGAGCUGAAAGCUGAGCUCACCAGGCAGCAGAAUGACUUUAAAAUCACUCUGAAUAGUUUAGAGGAUUCGUUAUUGUCCAGAUUGUCAUCAGCAGGCAGCAACGUAUUAGAGGACACGUCGUUAGUGGAGAAUCUGGAGACGACCAAGAGGACCGCAGCGGAAAUUGAAUCGAAAGUGACGGAAGCUCGCGGGACUAGCCGCGAGAUUGACGCGGCUCGCGAACUGUAUCGACCAGCCGCGGCCAGAGCUUCCCUUCUCUAUUUCAUUUUGAACGAUCUGAACACGAUCAACCCUAUCUAUCAGUUCUCGCUGAAGGCGUUCAGCGUGGUGUUCCAGAACGCGAUCUCAAAGGCAGACCCGGCACCGGAUGUGUCCGGCCGUGUGAAGAAUUUGAUCGAGUGCAUCACCUACUCGGUGUUCAUGUACACGAGCAGGGGGCUGUUCGAGUGUGAUAAGCUGAUAUUCGCCUCUCAGAUGGCAUUCCAGAUACUGUUGGCUAGGAACGAGGUAACCGCCGGUGAGCUGGACUUCCUUCUACGGUUCCCCAUCACUCCUCACGUUACUUCGCCCGUCGACUUCCUCACCAACACCAGUUGGGGAGGAAUAAGGAGCCUGGCUAGCAGGGAGGAAUUUCGCAAUUUAGAUAGGGAUAUAGAAAGUUCAGCGAAGCGAUGGAAGAAGCUGGUGGAAUGCGAGUGCCCGGAGCGAGAGAAAUUCCCGCAGGAAUGGAAAAACAAGACGACCAUACAGCGGCUGUGCAUGCUGAGGGCUCUGCGGCCCGAUAGAAUGACGUACGCAAUCGCUGCGUUCAUCGAGGAGAAGCUCGGCCCGAGAUACAUCGAGGGCAGAACCGUCGAGUUCGCCAAGUCUUUCGAGGAAACUAGCCCAUCCACUCCAAUCUUCUUCAUCCUUUCCCCUGGAGUCAAUCCUCUAAAGGACGUGGAGGACCUGGGCCGCCGUCUGGGAUACACGCUGGACAAUCAGAAUUUUCACAACGUGUCCCUGGGUCAAGGUCAGGAGACGGUUGCGGAGCAAGCGAUGGACGUAGCGGCUAUGAACGGCCACUGGGUGGUGCUGCAGAAUAUUCAUUUAGUGAAGAAAUGGCUACCGUUGCUGGAGAAGAAGCUGGAGACGGCCGCGGACGGAUCCCACGCGGAGUACAGGGUGUUCAUGAGCGCGGAGCCGGCCAGCACGCCCGCGGGACACAUCAUCCCUCAAGGGAUCCUGGAGUCGUCCAUUAAGAUCACGAACGAGCCGCCCACGGGUAUGCAGGCAAACCUUCACAAAGCCCUGGACAAUUUCAGCCAGGAGACCCUCGAGAUGUGCAGCAAGGAGGCUGAGUUUAAGGCGAUCCUGUUCUCGCUGUGUUACUUCCACGCGGUUGUCGCCGAGCGACGGAAGUUCGGCCCGCAGGGCUGGAACAAAAUCUACCCCUUCAACGUUGGGGACCUGCACAUCAGCGUGAGCGUGCUCUAUAAUUACCUGGAGGCAGCGUCGAAGGUACCCUGGGAGGACUUAAGGUACCUGUUCGGGGAGAUUAUGUACGGGGGACACAUCACUGAUGAUUGGGAUAGGAGACUUUGUGUCUCUUACCUCGAGGAGCUGAUGCAGCCAGACUUGGUCGACGGGGAGCUUCAGCUGGCGCCAGGGUUCCCCGCACCACCGAACACCGAUUUAAUCGGCUACCACGCCUACAUCGACGAAGCGAUGCCUCCAGAGUCACCCUAUCUCUAUGGGCUCCAUCCCAACGCUGAAAUAGGUUUCCUAACGAUGACAGCGGAGAAUCUCUUCAAGACGGUCUUUGAAAUGCAGCCCAGAGACUCUGGUAGCUCUGGGGGGCAAACUGUGAAGCAAAUAUUGGACGAAAUAAUGGAGAAGCUCCCAGACGAGUUUAAUAUGACCGAGAUAAUGGGAAAAGUGGAGGAGAGAACGCCGUACGUGAUUGUAGCGUUCCAAGAAUGCGAGCGGAUGAAUUAUUUGACGAUAGAGAUCAAGCGAUCCCUUCGGGAGUUGGAUUUAGGUCUGAAGGGUGAGCUGACUAUUACGUCGGACAUGGAAGAUCUGGAGAACGCGUUGUUCCUGGACCAAGUCCCCCCUGUUUGGGCCCAAAGAGCUUAUCCUUCUCUGCUGGGCCUGGGUGGGUGGUUUGUCGAUCUUCUACUGAGAAUUAGGGAGCUGGAAACCUGGUCUACAGACUUUGUUUUACCAUCAUCAGUUUGGUUGGCCGGAUUCUUCAACCCUCAGUCCCUUUUAACAGCCAUCAUGCAGUCUACAGCUAGAAGACAAGAAUUACCUCUGGACAAGAUGUGCUUGCAGUGUGACGUGACGAAGAAAAACAAAGAGGAAUUUACCUCGGCGCCCAGAGAUGGGGCCUACAUCCACGGGAUCUUCAUGGAAGGCGCCAGAUGGGACGUACAAACGGGAAUCAUCGUCGAUUCGAAACCCAAAGAACUGUACCCUGCGAUGCCGGUGAUCAACGUACGAGCAAUCACGCAGGAUAAACAGGAUCUUAGGAACAUGUACGAGUGUCCAGUCUAUAAAACGCGAACUCGUGGACCCACUUAUGUGUGGACCUUCAACUUGAAAACGAAAGACAAGCCUGCCAAAUGGACUUUAGCUGGCGUCGCGCUUUUGCUUCAAACCUGA